AUGUUACGUUUUGCAAGAGCAAUGUCCACCAAAGUCACUCCUGUCAUUUCUGCUAACGCUCCACCUGCAGCAGCUUCAUACAGCCAUGCCAUCAAGGCCAAUGGGUUUAUCUAUGUCUCUGGACAGAUCCCAUACACGACUGAGAACAAGCUAGUCGAUGGCGACUUCCAAGCGAGAAGCGAACAAGUGAUCAAGAAUGCCCUGUCCAUUGUCAAGGAUUCCAAUUCACAGUUGGAGAACAUCGUCAAGGUGAACAUCUUUUUGACCGACAUGAACAACUUUGGCAAGUUCAACGAGAUCUACGCAAAGUACUUCAACGCACACAAGCCUGCUAGAUCUUGUGUUGCCGUUAAGGAGUUGCCUUUAGGAGUUGACGUUGAAAUGGAAGUCAUUGCAGUUGAAAACUAG